AUGAGCCUGGGCGUCGUCGUCUCGCGAUCCACGCCAGCGCCCACUCCAACCUACGCGGACUGUCUCGGCGUCGCUUGCCGUUCGGGGAACACCGGGCACAAGGCCCGGGACGUGCCAGAGGCGCCCAACAUUGCCGUCGUGGGCGGCGGGCUGACUGGUCUCACGACGGCCUACUUUCUCGCGAAACGACUGGAGAAACCGGCGCAGAUCACGGUAUACGAAGCAUCCUCGCGAUGGGGAGGGUGGCUCCGCUCCGAGAAGACACCCGUCGACGUGGGCGGCGUCAAGACGCAGGUGCUCUUUGAGCGAGGGCCGCGCUCCAUGUCGACAGCCCAGACGGGCGGGCGGAUGGACAGGUUGAUCUUGUACCAGCUACUCUGCGACUUUGGUCUACCGCUCACGCCACUGGAUGGGACGCAACCGCGAUGGAUACUGCACGAAAAUCAGCUGGCAGCGGCGCCGCCUUGCUCCAUCAUUGAUGCGCUCAAGAACCCCGUCUUGCGCCAGGUCGCUCUACCGCUGAUCACCGGCUACCUUAAGAAUCUCUUCCGGCGCACCCCCUACCCCAGCAGGGACAUGUCCAUCGCCGAGUUCCUCGAAAACACAUAUGGCUCCAAGGUCCUCAGCGAGACGCUCAUGUCCGCCAUUGUGCACGGCGUGUGGGGGGGCAGUGUCCAUGACCUGAGUGCGUGGAGUGUGGCACCACACAUGCUUGGCUGGCCGGCGCCCAUGAGUCGCGACGACGAUUUCACGUUUGUCCCUACCAAGGAAUUCCGGCUCUGGCAGAGGAUUGGCUCGGAGAUUGACGGCGUGGCCUUUAUGAAGCUGUUCUCCGUAGACAACAGCAGCAUGGUGUCCUUUGAGCAGCACGGCAUGGAAACGCUGUCGCACAUGUUGGUCGAUGCUCUCGAGUCCAUGCCUAAUGUCGAGCUCAGGCUCGGCACCCCGGCCACCGACAUUGCCUACCGCGAGAGGUUUGACAAGGUCGUCAUCAACCGCGAGAAUGCGAGGCCCUACGACAAGGUCAUAUCCGCUCUCCCGGCUAAGCAGCUGCACAAGGCGACCAAACAGACCCUUCCUCUAGAGGACUUCAAGUCCGUGUCGGUCAUGACCGUCAACGUCUGGUAUCCAUACGAGGACAUUAUUCCCAAGGGGCUGGGUUAUCUCAUCCCCGACACUGUCCCGCAAGAAGAGAACCCCGAGCGCGCCCUGGGCGUGUUCUUCGAUUCCGGCGUUGGUGUCGGCGCCGGCCGCGUUGAGGUGAACGGCGAGCGCCUCGCAGAGCGCGGGACCAAACUCUUCGUCCUCAUGGGCGGUCACUACUUUGACGAGGGCCACCCUAUCCCCACCGAGGAGGAGGCGAUCCAGCAAGCCAAGAACCUGCUGGAGCGCCAGCUGGGCAUUCCCAAGGACACACCAUGCCACGCCGUGGCCAACCUCGCCAAGGACUGCCUGCCGCAGCACACGGUCGGCCACGCCGAGCGCAUCACAAAGCUCGACCAGGCGCUGCAGGCCAAGUUCAAGAAUCGCCUCGCCCCCAUUGGCGGCUCCUUCACCAAGCCGGGCGUGGCCGGCGCCCUGCGGGCCGGCUACGACAUGGCCUUUGACCUCACCUACGAGUCCUUCCACAUGAACGGGCUGGAGGAGUAUGGCGCCGAGCAUGCUAUGUCGCCCUCCUUUGUCAAGGUACCCGACAAUAGUCCUAUGCUACGGUACAACGCCCACCUGUCUGUCAACAAGAAGAACACCGAGAGUCUACGAAGGGGAUAUGAAUUCUCCCCCGGCCAAGAGACAAUCUGGCCAGAUGCGGCGAUGGAACUGCCCUCGGGAAGGAGAGUUUGA